AAAACAUUAAAACUUGAUCGACCAGACUGAAAGGUGACGGACGCCUGAGGUUGUGUUGGCCCACUCUUGCUUUAAUUUUUCACUUGUCUUGUGUUUGAGUACGAAGAAAAAAUGGCGAGCAAAAAGGGAAAAAAGCAAACUACAAAGAAAAGGGCGCAGAGGGCGACCUCGAACGUCUUUGCCAUGUUCGAUCAGUCUCAAAUCCAAGAGUUUAAGGAAGCCUUCAAUAUGAUUGACCAAAAUCGUGAUGGAUUUAUUGAUAAGGCUGAUCUGCAGGAUAUGUAUGCGUCGUUGGGUAAGGAACCUAAAGAAGACUACGUUGAUGGCAUGCUGAAAGAGGCUACAGGUCCCAUAAACUUUACCAUGUUCCUUACGCUGUAUGGUGAAAAAUUAAACGGUACGGAUCCUGAAGACGUCAUAAGAAAUGCUUUCGCUUGCUUCGAUGAAGAAGGCAGUGGAGUUAUUCACGAAACGAGGCUAAAGGAACUGAUGAUGACCAUGGGUGACAGAUUCACAGAGGAAGAAGUUGAUGACAUGUUGAGAGGAGCACCGAUUGAUGGGAAAGGCAACUUCAAUUAUGUAGAGUUUACUCGCAUCUUGAAACACGGAACCAAAGAAGAAUGAAUUGACUCUUAAAACUUUCUAGCAUUUUCUUAGGAAUUUGCUACAAACUCUUUGUAAUGUUGAAUAACCCUCAGUCAUUGUUAACCCAUACUUCCCUUGCUUUGUACAAAUACAGGACAAGUGUAUGCAGUAUAAAUGUUUUUUACACCUUAACUUUUUGCUUUGUCAUUUGAUCUGCCUUUACUAACAUAUGUUUUAAAGAACUCAAGGGACAAGGUUUAAGUGAAAUGUUUUCUCAAUUAAAGAUGUCCUGAAGUAUUUUCCUAGCAAAUAUCGAUUUUCGUUUUUUGUCUAGAUUAUUGUAUCUGUGUCUUAACAUCAGCAAUUGGCAUUGCUUUUUGUACA